AUGGAGAACGCUUCGAAUGCGAAGGGUCUGAAGUGUGAACCGUCGGCUCCUCCACGCUCUCAGGUGGAGGGCUUCAGCCUUCCGAACAAUUGUUUCAUCGGUGUUCGGGUCGGCGACGUCCUGAAGCAGGGAAGGUACGAACCUCAUCGCUGCUAUCACUUUCCACAACUCGAGCGCCGGCGAAAUGCCAAAGUGGACAUCUACCAGCAUGUGGGCACGUGCAUCGUUGCAGUUGACCCGGACACAAAGUCCAGCCAUGAAGUUGCUGUCACAAGCAUGGAUCCCUCGUUGCCUGGCUCUCGAAUCCGCGUCAAUGUCGAGGCGAAAAUGGAAGAUGGCAAAGCGAAUCGUGAGGAACGGGCAAAGGCACUGAAAGUGCAGGCGAGAGAUUACUUGACGAAGCAUAACAUCGAAGUGAGACUGUCUGAAGCGGUCAAGGCCCUCCUCAAGGAGCAGCCUGCUGACCCCACCAGCUUUCUUUGCACCCAUCUCCGCGGGGCGGAGGCAGAAGCAGCUAAAGAGCCGCUGUCGGCGCCGGCACCGGCAGAGCCGCAGGAGCCAGUGGAGGAGGAUCCCGGCUGCCAGAUCACAGAGGAUGAUGAGCUGAAUGCCAUCCGCAAGCAGGGCCGAGAUGCUUUCUUGCAGGCAAGCGAGGAUGGCUCCUUGGAGCAAGCGCUACGGGGCCUGCGACCAGGUCUCUCUGAGCCUCCGGCAGAGGCUGCACCCCACGAGCCCACUGAGGAGGACAAGAAGAAGGCUCAAAAGGAUGCCGUCCGCAUGAAGGCCUCCAACGUGCUCAUCGCAGCAGCAGAAAACGGCGAAUUGGAGAGAGCCUUGACACUCGUCAAGAAGGACUCCGUUAUCCCAUCCGCCGAGGAUGGGAAGCGAGAGUCAAAUGCCUCGGCCGUUGGGCCUCCGGUGGAGGCCAAGCAGGAGACUGCAGAAGCCCCCGCAGAGGUUCCGCCGGAGCAGAGCUCGCAGGGAAAUCAGGAGCUUCGAGAGGAGCCUGCCGAGCCUCCCGCAGAAGCAGCCGAAACUGGCAAGCCGGAAACUCUCGAAGCUGCCGAGGAGCUGAAACCAAUGGCCGACAGUGCAACAGACAUCCCACAAGAGCCGCCGACUGUGAUGGUCAGAGACCUGGCAGUGACGGCGCCUGCUUUCGCGUCCUUCGGCAUACAACCUGGGCUCCAAUUCAUCUGA